UCUUUUAAAGACCAAGACAAAGUGAAGUCCACUUUACACUGACCCUGUCUGAACCAAACCAACGCGGCUGUAGCUUGAAGCUGCGUUGAAAUUGUUAAGAUUUCACACUCUUGAUUGCGAUCGACAGUACCAACCACUCUUUUUUCCCCUUCAUAAAUAUACUGCCUUUUCACUAGAGGAAUCCACUAGGACAACAUUCAACGCUAGCACUUCCUUACAUCUUUGUCUUCCUCAAAAAUUCCUUUCGUAUCUACAAUCACAGCUCCCCAAAUGGUUACUUUUCUUGCUUACUCUAGCUAGGUAAGUGUGCUUUCUAACAUUCCUUGCAAACCCCAGCUUCCUUUAUUCUGUCAUUUUUUUGCGUAGUUAAGAAUACCAUGAAUCUUUUUUUGCGUCAUUUCUUCUUGCUGUUGUGGUGUUGCUUUGUGUCUGUAUGUACUAAUAGUGUCUCCGGUUUGAACUAUGAUGGCUUGGCUCUGAUGUCACUCUUGAGGAAAUGGGAUUCUGUGCCUACUUCCAUUACUUCAAGUUGGAAUUCUUCAGACUCGACUCCUUGUUCUUGGCUAGGUAUAGGAUGUGAUCAUAGAAGUCAUUGUGUGGUUUCUUUGAACCUUUCUGGCUUAGGAAUUUCUGGUCCUUUGGGACCUGAAACUGGGCAGUUAAAGCAGUUAAAGACUGUUGAUUUGAACACCAAUUAUUUCUCUGGUGAUAUACCCUCACAGUUGGGAAAUUGUAGUCUCCUUGAGUACUUGGAUUUGUCUGCAAAUAGCUUUACUGGUGGAAUACCUGAUAGCUUUAAGUACUUGCAAAAUUUACAAACAUUGAUUAUUUUCUCGAAUUCACUGUCUGGUGAAAUACCUGAAUCAUUGUUCCAAGAUUUGGCUUUACAAGUUUUGUAUUUGGACACCAAUAAAUUCAAUGGUUCCAUUCCUAGGAGUGUUGGUAACUUGACUGAGCUUUUAGAACUGUCCUUAUUUGGAAAUCAAUUAUCUGGGACAAUCCCUGAGUCUAUUGGAAAUUGUAGAAAAUUGCAAUCUCUCCCUCUGAGUUAUAACAAGUUAAGUGGUUCUUUGCCUGAGAUUCUAACCAAUCUUGAAAGCCUUGUUGAAUUAUUUGUUAGUCAUAAUAGUCUUGAGGGUAGAAUUCCUUUAGGUUUCGGCAAAUGCAAGAAUUUGGAAACCUUAGAUUUGUCAUUCAAUAGCUAUAGUGGGGGUCUUCCACCAGAUUUAGGCAAUUGUAGUAGCUUAGCAACCUUGGCCAUUAUCCAUAGCAACUUAAGAGGCGCUAUCCCAUCUUCCUUUGGCCAACUGAAAAAGCUUUCUGUGCUCGACCUUUCUGAGAAUCGACUGUCUGGGACGAUUCCUCCUGAACUUAGUAAUUGCAAGUCCUUGAUGACCUUAAAUUUAUACACAAAUGAGCUUGAGGGAAAGAUUCCGAGUGAGUUGGGGAGGCUAAACAAAUUGGAGGACCUCGAAUUGUUCAACAAUCAUUUGAGUGGUGCAAUUCCUAUUAGCAUCUGGAAGAUUGCGAGCCUUAAGUACCUCCUUGUGUAUAACAACAGUCUUUCUGGUGAAUUGCCUCUUGAGAUCACUCAUCUCAAGAACCUAAAGAACUUGUCACUAUACAACAACCAGUUCUUUGGUGUCAUACCCCAAAGUUUGGGAAUCAACAGCAGUUUGUUGCAGCUGGACUUCACAGAUAAUAAGUUCACAGGUGAAAUUCCCCCAAACCUUUGCCAUGGAAAGCAGUUGAGAGUUCUUAAUAUGGGCCGGAACCAACUUCAAGGCAGCAUUCCUUCUGAUGUGGGAGGCUGCUUAACGCUCUGGAGAUUGAUCCUCAAGGAGAACAACCUCUCAGGUGCCCUUCCAGAAUUUUCAGAAAAUCCAAUCCUCUAUCACAUGGACGUCAGCAAAAAUAAUAUUACAGGUCCAAUUCCACCCAGCAUUGGGAACUGUUCUGGUCUCACUUCCAUUCAUCUUUCCAUGAACAAGCUUACAGGGUUUAUACCCUCAGAGCUAGGAAAUCUUGUAAACCUUCUGGUAGUGGAUCUUUCAUCCAACCAACUGGAAGGUUCUUUGCCAUCGCAGCUGUCAAAGUGUCACAACUUAGGCAAGUUUGAUGUAGGGUUCAAUUCACUGAACGGCUCAGUUCCAUCGAGUUUAAGGAACUGGACCAGCUUGUCCACUUUGAUUUUAAAAGAGAAUCAUUUUAUUGGGGGAAUUCCACCUUUCCUCUCAGAACUUGAAAAGCUUACAGAGAUACAACUUGGUGGAAAUUUUCUGGGAGGUGAGAUUCCUUCAUGGAUUGGGUCUUUACAGAGUCUGCAAUAUGCAUUGAAUCUCAGCAGUAAUGGAUUGUUUGGAGAGCUUCCUUCAGAGCUGGGGAACUUGAUCAAGCUUGAACAGCUUCAGUUAUCAAACAAUAAUCUGACAGGAACUCUAGCACCUCUUGAUAAAAUCCAUUCGUUGGUCCAGGUCGAUAUUUCAUACAAUCACUUCAGUGGUCCAAUACCAGAAACACUAAUGAACUUGCUUAACUCAUCGCCGUCAUCAUUCUGGGGCAAUCCCGAUCUAUGUGUCAGUUGUCUUCCAUCAGGUGGCUUAACAUGCACCAAAAACAGAAGUAUCAAGUCAUGUGACUCUCAGUCAAGCAAGCGAGACAGCUUUUCUAGAGUGGCUGUCGCGCUGAUAGCUAUUGCUUCUGUGGUUGCUGUUUUCAUGCUUGUUGGACUGGUUUGCAUGUUUAUCUUGUGCAGAAGAUGUAAGCAGGAUCUUGGGAUCGACCAUGAUGUUGAAAUUGCUGCUCAAGAGGGCCCUUCUUCCCUACUCAACAAAGUGAUGCAAGCUACUGAGAAUCUAAAUGACAGACAUAUAGUUGGGAGGGGAACCCAUGGAACCGUUUAUAAGGCUUCAUUGGGUGGAGACAAAAUAUUUGCAGUUAAGAAGAUAGUAUUUACAGGCCACAAAGGAGGAAACAAAAGUAUGGUUACAGAAAUUCAAACCAUUGGGAAAAUCAGGCACCGGAAUCUGCUCAAAUUGGAAAACUUUUGGUUACGGAAGGAUUAUGGUCUGAUCCUGUAUGCCUACAUGCAAAAUGGGAGCGUUCAUGAUGUCUUACAUGGGAGCACACCACCGCAAACCCUGGAGUGGAGCAUACGCCAUAAAAUAGCUUUAGGAACUGCCCAUGGUUUGGAAUAUCUCCACUAUGAUUGCAAUCCUCCUAUUGUGCAUCGAGACAUCAAACCAGAAAACAUUCUCUUAGACUCUGAUAUGGAGCCUCAUAUCUCUGAUUUCGGUAUAGCUAAGCUACUUGAUCAGUCUUCUGCUUCAGCACAGUCUUUCCUGGUUGCAGGCACAAUUGGAUAUAUAGCACCAGAAAACGCCUUGUCGACAAUAAAGAGCAAGGAAUCGGAUGUUUAUAGCUACGGGGUUGUUUUGCUUGAGCUGAUAACUAGAAAGAAGGCAUUGGAUCCAUUAUUUGUGGGGGAAACAGAUAUUGUAGAGUGGGUCAGAUCUGUUUGGAGCAGCACAGAAGACAUCAACAAGAUUGCUGAUUCAAGCCUAAGGGAGGAGUUUUUGGAUUCAAAUAUCAUGAAUCAAGCCAUUGAUGUGCUUUUGGUGGCUUUGAGAUGCACUGAAAAGGCGCCUAGGAGAAGACCCACAAUGAGAGAUGUUGUCAAGCGAUUAGUAAAAAGAGAUGCCAGCAUUAGAGGCAAACGCAGCUGAAGUUUUGUAGGGUUUUUUUAGAAUAUUAACUCAUGCUAUCUAGUCCUCCUUUUGGUUUAGGAUCAAGUUGCUUAGCAUUUCCAAACCAAAUGGAAUAAAGCAAUGAUAUGUAUAUAUAAGAUGUUUUUAUUGCACUCUUUUUUGACCGUUGA